AUAAACAGCAAAGCCAACAAGGCAGCGCUGAUCGAUCUUUUGCCAUGAAGCCUUCUUCCACCGCCAUCUCCCUCUUACUCGCCGUCGCCGUCGCCGUCGCCAUGGCCGCCGCCGAGGAAGGUCCGGCCGCCAACUACCUCGUCUUCGUCGACGCCCCGCCCUCCGGCGUCAUCUGCACCACCUACCAGCUCGGCAUCCUCGCCGCCGCGCUCGGCAGCGAGGAGAAGGCGAAGGGUGCCAUCAUAUACAACUACAAGAACGUGGUGAGCGGGUUCUCGGCGAGGCUCACGCCGUCGGAGCUGGAGGCGGUGAAGAAGCAACCUCAGGUGAACCGGGUGCUGCCGAGCACGACAUUGUCGCUCAUGAGCAGCAACUUCGACGGCAUCAGCUGAUGCUGAUCGAUUUUCGAUUCAUUUAAUUGCACACCGGGAGAUCCAAUCGGUUUACGCUCUCACUAUUUUCUUUAUUUGACGUCGGUGUGACUUUUAGAUCUGUAUUUAAUUAUUUAUUUUAUUAGUUUUAAUUUGAUUUAUUACUGAGUGAACUUUAAAAACACCUUAUAAUAUUAUAUAUUUGCACAAAAAAUUUAAAUAAGAUGAAUAGUUAUACAUAGAUUCAAAAGUUGAUGACGUCAAAUAAUAAAUCUUGAGGGAGUUUGUAUCUUCUAGGUAGUUAGGUGUUAAUUUUUUUCCCGAUGACACAUUUUUUUAAAUUAUUUGUGCUUGUCCCAGUAGGUGAAAUGAUAUUAUAUGCAAUACAAAAACUUGUGUAUACUUACAUGAAUAAUUAUAGACGAAUGCAUGUACACUUUGGAGAUAUCUGUGUAUUUUUUUUCACCGACU